AUGGGUCAAUUCGACUGGUUCCGAUCCAUUGGCGCGACCCCCGAGGCCGUCGCAGUUCUGAACGACCAGCCCAUUCUCUUCACUAUCCUUCUGAUUGUCCUCGUCGCCGUCACCCUCCAGGGAAAGAAGAAGAAGGAGCCGAAGAAGGGAGGCAAGGGAGGAAAGAAAUAA